GCGCUCUCUAGGCGAGGAGAGAGAAGUUGGUUUGACUUAUGUUGGGGGGAGGGAACUUCUUUCCUCCGAGUGUUCGUUGAAUUUAGGAUGGUGAGGAUGUUGGUUAUCCAAAUACAGGCUGGAGCCUUCGAAAGGUUUAUUUGCAGAAUAUUCCGGGCAGCAGCGGUUUACAGACAAUGUCUGGAUCACGAGUGCAGAGAAACAGGGGAUUCACAACCUCUUUAUAUCAUCAGAAGGGCGGUACCUAAACUUUAUGGUGAGGCAUCAGGACUUUCGUUUCUACGAAAACGAUCCUUAGCUUGCACACCCCUACGGCUAUCUGAUGAGGUGGCGGUGGUCUCUGCGGCGCCGGGCAAGGUGGUGUGCGAGAUGCGCGUGGCCGAGGAGCACACCAACGGCUUCGGGACGCUGCACGGCGGCCUCACCGCCACACUGGUGGACGUCAUCUCCACCAUGGCCAUCAUGUCCAGCGACAGGGGGGCGCCCGGAGUCAGCGUCGACAUGAACGUCACCUACAUGAACGCAGCCAAGGUAGGCGAGGACGUGCUGAUCACGGCUCAGGUACUGAAGGAAGGGCGGACGUUGGCGUUCUCCACCGUCGACUUGACUAGCAAGGCCACAGGAAAGUUGAUUGCGCAGGGACGGCACACCAAACACCUCGGCAGCAGCUAAACGUGUCCACAUUUGCGUUCCCUCUUCAGUGCCAGAGGACAUGUAUGACAACUUUUAUUAUAUUGCCUUCAUUCUCACAUUAAAUUGUCUUUGUUUCACUUUAUUUUGUUUAAACAUUUUUGUAAUCCUAUUUUAUACCUUAAAAUAAUCCUAACAGCUACAAAUAUCUUUAUUCCAUUAGUUUUUUAAACCCCUAAAAUCAUUUUUUUAUGAAAUUCUGUCAGUAGUUAAAUUUCACCUAUUUAAAAAGUUCAAACUUCUGUCUGAAAUUGGAAAUCAGAAAAAUGCUCAAUUACAAAACAUUUUAAAAAGCCCCGUUCAGUAAUUUUGGUUUAUUUUCUGGCUCUGAUGAGAUUUUUGCAUGGCGGGCCGCAAAGAGUCAGUUGUGCAAUAACAUAAAAAAAAGGGGAGACAAGUGUUAGGUUGACAAUUUGUAUUGAUAUAUGCUCAGCAGUAUUGAUCAACAGAAGAAAAAAAAGCCUCAAACCUUCAACUGGACACACUUGAGUCAUGAACAUGAAAAAAAAAUCGUUGACAAGCAAUUGGAUCCAAUCAAAACAGAACAUAUUAGUUUGCUUUAGUUAGGUGCACUAUUGUUAUUCUCAUUUGUGAAGUAGCCCACAUCCCAAAUCAAACAUCAGUAGUAAUUCAAGCGUAACAUAACCCCUCCCCCCA